ACUGUGAGAGUAAAAUUCUUGCCCAAGAACACAACAACACCUAUAAUUUGCAUAUUUUAAAUUUUUUUCAAGAUUGUGACUAACACACCUCACGACUACUGCGAGGAACAUAUGGAUACACACGAUUAACAUACGUACAUACGAGUAAAUACGAAUACAUAUAUACGAGUGAAAUUCGAAUACAUACAGAGGCAUACUAGUUCUGCAACACUUUCGAGUGGUAUAGUGCACCAGGGUCGUAGGUCGCUGAGUGGAAAGGACGUGAACUAAAUGAAUCGAGAUUUUAGUUCAUUGCGCAGUUAAUUUUUCGGGAGAAUGCAAUUCUUUGCUUUCUUCAUAUGCUUUACAUAAAGAUCCAAAAAACAUCAGUUCUAAUUUUCGUAAUAGAUUGAAAUUUGCCAAGAUACCUAGGAAAGACCUAUUGCGUACGAAAAUGUAAAAACUGAGUAUCGAGAAUUUGAUCAUAGUGCACUUUAAAUACUCUUCCUGGGAACAUUACUGGACGUGCGUUUACAUGAUCCCUCUCUUUGUCAUCGUUGCCAUUGUCGUGAACCGAAUGACGUCUCUAAGGCCCCGUCCAAAACUAUCCGGAUAUUUUUGAAUCCGCAACUUUUUCUUUCCGGAUUCAAAAAUUUCUCCGUCCACACGUAGCGUAUUCAAAUCGAAUUCGCCUGUCCACACGCAUCCUAUGGUAUCCGGAUUCACUCUGGAGAAACUAGGCCUAUACGUUGUGUCGCCAUAUUGGCGUCAUAUUGAGACUGGAAACGAUUUUGCUACGUCAUCGGAUUCGAAAAUAUCCGGAUUUACCUUCCACACGUUAUUGGAUUCGUUGCAGAUUUAUUUUUUUCCACUCUGGAGAGCGGAUUCAAAAAUAUCCGGAUUCGCUGCCGAAUUCGCCAGAUGCUUGUGGACGGAAGGGGUAUCCGGAAAGAAAAAGUUGCGGAUUCAAAAAUAUCCGGAUACGUGUGGACGAGGCCUAACUCUUCCUCAUUUUCCGAGAGAAAUCGUCUUGAAGGACUUACUUUUGUCACUUCCUCAUUUGAGUAAUUUGCAUAUCAUGCAAUUAGCAACUCAAUAAACUUUAUGUUUAUGAUUUCGUUAACCAAGCAUGAUCAAGGAAAAGCUAAAAAUAACAGCAGAGAGAAAGAGAAGAUCUGACUGGCCAGACUGCAUGACGUGAACAAUAAAACACCCAUUUAUGAUAGCAAACGGAACUGUCAGGUUUUCGAUCGGAAAAGGAGGAUGUCUCUGGGCCCGGCGUUGCUCGCGACUAAAGUAUAGUUCCAGUUCUAGGAAAUAGCCUUGAUUUGGUUUGGUUUUUUACCAAAACUGUUGGCAAUUUGGUUAUCCUUUGAUCCUGUCAAGUCGAGAAACGUUGGCAAUGUAUGGUCUUGCUUUCUACCUGCUUAUGACGAAUCUGCCAUGUGCUGAAGAUAUUAUCAACCAAGGCACAUGCGACUGGAUUUGUACGAAUGAUACGGACAAUGACGAAGAAUCACAGAACAUGUUGGCUAACGGAAGCCUAGCUAAAUUCAGUGUCUGGUAUACGGAGCAAGUACGCGGUGAAUGUGCGAAACAAAUAGACGUUAAAAACUCAAGUGCAACCGCAUCAUUACACUUAAAGAUGGCGGCCGGUGGCAAGCCAAGGAAGAACUUUCAAGGUCGACUGCAGUUAGUUACCCAAACUAUCUCAGAAGGGAUUUUUGGGGGCCAGUUUACUUUUGGAGCCUAUAAAGAAAUAAAUGUCUCUUGUGUCUUCAAGUCGACGUCCAUUGGAAAAUCUGGCUCCAACUACUCGUCAGGGCGAAUUACCUUCCCCACUUUGCAAUCCGUUCUGUACUUUGUUGAACGUGUGGCAAACUACCGUUAGCCGAAUACAACUUUUCUGACUCUUUUGAGGACGGAAAAAGAUACUCGUUUAUCUGUUGGUGUCACUAGUACAUCUGGAAGUCUCUCCUCUGCUAAGUCUGCAAACGACAACGAACUGAUUGUUACCGAUGAGUGGCUCGCCGUUGCUAUAAUCAUUUGGAUUAUGGUUCUUUUGUAUUUCCAUGCUAUAUUUAUCUUCUUCCGACCGUCAGAAAUCGAACUGAAGGUUCCUCGAAAGACACGAAAGGUACAAGAAGACAUACGUACUACCGAUAGAGCAGUUGAGCAAACAGAUUCUGCACGUAGGUUAAGUGUACGUGUGCCUAUUCAAGAGACCGGAGAUAUUAAGAUCGAACCUUCACAAUCUAACAGAAACACCGAGGAACAGAGUGCUGCUAACAGCCUAAAUGAUGUUGAACUAGCGAGUACUUCACAAUCUAACAGGAACAUUGAAGAAACGAGUGCAGCUAACAGCCUAAAUGAUGCUGAACUAGCGAGUACUUCACAAUCUAACAGGAACAUUGAAGAAACGAGUGCAGCUAACAGCCUAGAUGAUGCUGAACUAGCGAAUACUUCACAAUCUAACAGAAACAUUGAGGAACAGAGUGCUGCUAACAGCCUAAAUGAUGCUGAACUAGCGAGUACUUCACAAUCUAACAGAAAUAUUGAAGAACCAAGUGCAGCUAACAGCCUUAAUGAAGUUGAACUAGCAAGUAGUUCACAAUCUAACAGAAACAUUGAAGAACCGAGUGCAGUUAACAGCGUAAAUGAUGCCGAACAACCGAAUACUUCACAAUCUAACAGAAAUAUUGAGGAACAGAGUGCUGCUAACAGCCGAAAUGAUGCUGAACUAGCGAGUAGUUCACAAUCUAACAGAAACAUUGAAGAACCGAGUGCAGCUAACAGCCUUAAUGAUGCUGAACUAGCGAGUAGUUCACAAUCUAACAGAAACAUUGAGGAACAGAGUGCUGCUAACAGCCUAAAUGAAACACGUGUUGAUAUUGACCAGUCUAAUGAAGAAGAAGACGAGGAAGAAACCCAGAAACCCAUAAGAAACCCUCUCGCUAUUAUCGUAGGAGAAACUUACCCUGUAGGGUUUGGAAGUUGGAUUGGCAACAAGCUGUUUUCCACCACCCACGAAAGAAACAUUGCUUGGAAUAUUAUUAAGUUCAUUUUUAUGUUUUCUACCUUACCAUUGUUGCUUUUCCUAGGUUUGGGAGACCUCUUUUUAGUCCUUUUACCAAACCUUCAUUCAGGAUUAUCCGAUCAUUUGCCAUUUGCUUUUCUCACUCGCUCAUUGGGUUACAGUAUUAUUGAUAACCAUCCCUAUUUACUAGAUCCAAUUACGGUAAUUUCGGCCCUUGCCUAUCUUAUUAGGCUGUUUUGUUUAUGUUUCCUUUCGCGCAGUGCACUCGAGGCAAAAUGGCAGUCGUGCUCUGUUCAUCGAGUUCAUCCAACAUGGUUUGUUUGCAAACUUCUUCAAUAUUUUUUCUCAGAGCUACCUUCGUCCUUAAAACCCUCUGAAAAUUGUUAUAACCCUGCGCCACCAGAAUGUUCCAAGUACCUUGACCUUCCAGAGAACAUCGCACAUAAUCUGGAAAAGCAGCCAGAUAUUUUCAUUAAAUGCUGGGAAUGUUGUUCACACUUUUGGAAAAGAAAGAGCAAUUGCAGUUCUAAAGGUUUUUUCUUUUCACUGGCUGUUGUUGUAUCCUUAAUACUAAUAAUCAUUAUUUUUAUUAUCAUAGGCAUUUUCUGUACGUCUCCUCUAGUUUGUUUAUACCAUGGGCGCUUGCGGUUGGUUAGUAGAGUCUUCGAGUCUAUACUCAUGUUUUUCUCUCUGGUUUGGGUAACAAUUUUGUCGCUUCUUUGCGCCAUCCCUUUGGGAGUCGCCAUAAUAGGGCUGAUCAAAGUACUAGGGAGUCAUACUAACGAAAUGCUUCCACAGGUUACGAUUGCAGUUGUUGCUCUCUAUCACUUUUGGAAUUGCUACAAGGCCUUCAGGACGCCAUAUCGUUAUGUGGCCAAAUUUCUAGCCUCGAGAUACCAAAAGAAAUACGACGAACAAGAAAACGGUUCUGAAGUAAAUUCACUAAUCCAUUACAAACAGGGAGACUUAAAAGUAAUUCCAAAAGAGCUAUUCGAUGAUGGAUGCAAAGAAUUCAAAUUAUCCAUCAAAAACGACGUCGCAUUGCUGCUUUUUAAGUUAGUUUGUACACUUUCAGCGUUUUGUUUUUUCUUCCCCGUCCCUGGCCCUGGUUCUACGAGCGCAAUAAUUGCCUUUCUUGCGGUGGCUUAUGGACCGAUCAAAACGUAAUUAUGCAUGACUAGUCGAUAAUCUAAAUCCAUUUGUAGGCUUAAUUAGUUUAGUCGGUUACACAUUGUUUUGAUUCUGAGCAAGAGAAAAUGAGGGGACUCAUUUUCUCUUGUUCUGAGUGAAUAAAGAAGAGUACGAUUUUCAGAAUGGUUAUCAGUGUCUAGCGGUUAUAUAGCGAGAGAGUGUGGAAGAAGUAUUUGCUUGAGAACUUGUCAAUACAAACUUGAACCUCAAACUCAUCAUGCAGUGAUUAGCAAUAACGUUAGUUUAUUAUGAUGUCUAAGCUUUUGGUAAAAAUGAAGUCUAUAAACGUAUUCGGCAUUAGACCUUUAUUCUUCCAUUUCGCAAUCAGACAUGUUUCCAUCGAGCUCUUGGUUGCUAAGCCUCAGUAAUCGCUGAACCAGGGUCGCAGCUCAUCAGGUGGGUGGUUGCAACUUUGAAGGGUGCGGGCUUCUUAGAGAAGCCGUCAUACCCCAGUUCCCUACCCCACCACCCCGUUCCCCUCGUCGCCAACCAAAAAUGCGGUUUUUUUGUUGAACGAGAAAAUAUCACAUGAUUCACCUCAAAGCUGUGUUUCUCGGCUACAGCGGGGGUGGGGACAAACCCAAAAACUCAUUGGGGUGACAACAGCUCUCUCAUACAAUCAAAAGACGUGCGUCUCGAUCGCUAUAUAUUGGCCUCUUCCGGGCGUUCAUUUCCCAACUAACUGAACACCUGGAAGAGGCUAGAUCGCAGCACAUACAACAGAAGCCAACGUGAAGCGAUUUCGAAGGACAAAAUUCAUUAUAUUAUUAUGAAUUAAAAACUUGGGACUUAACAGUUCAGUAAACUGCGAAAUCGUCAUUAUAUACUGGCACAAAUUUUAAACCUACCAAUUCAAAUUUGCACUGCCCACGCACUCAGUCAUCACGAUACACACCGGUCCCCCUCAGUGCCCAACUGAGUCAGCCUUAUAAUCUCAGAAAAAUUAAAGGGACUCGUAAGGAACAUAAAGGGUUGACAGGGAAUCAGAAGGGCUGCAACAUGUCGCUCUUCAAGGGCGCAAGUGGUAACGAAAGAGCUAAAACGGUGCAUGUGUUACAAAAUAUCGCAUGUUAUGGCACGACGAGUUAAUUCAGAGGGCCAGUAACUAAUAUCGACCAGUCAGGUUACUUCAUUGCGGUUCCAAUAUUUUCUGAGUAUUGAAAAGGGCACUGUGUCCGCAGUCACUGUGUCACUGUGUCACUGCGCUCAGUCCGUAAGGUCAAAACUUUGGGUUUGUAUUCUUCCCGUAGUUAUGACAAAUGUAUCACAAGUUAUCACAAAACAUCAGCGGUGUUUCAAGUUAUAACUGAGACAAUACUUAUAAUCGCAUCAUCACAAAGUGUAUGUAGUAUAUUUUUAAUUUAAGCUUACAUUCACACAGUAUGAUUAUCGAUCACAAGGUUAUCACAAGGUAACAUACGUUUUUUUGUGCCUUAAAUAAUCACCUCUGAGUAAUCUCUGACCAAAUUUACGUUGUGAAAUAAUUGACAAAUUAAAGUAUAAGAUGUAAACAAGUAAGUAAACGAAUAACAAACAAUUUCUCAUAUUUUUAAGCUAUCGUGACAACUUUUACACUAUGUGAUAUACCUUGUGAAGCAUUGUGAGAGUUUUUGAUAUUUUAUUUACUCGUCGGUAGGAACGACUGAGCUGUGCUUUUGCACGUUUUAGUGCCCCCAAAAUUUGUCAAAUUGUAAUACCUAUUGAGAAUUACAAAAUGUGGAACCAAAUCGCCCUGACAUGUUCUUUCUUGCUCUAAUAACAGUUUUAAAUCGGUCGAAUAUUUAAAUUUCACUAGUAAACAGCGAUAUCCGGCCAUGAUUUUGUGUGGCCUGAGUUUUUCCUGUUUAAACAUCACGAAUUGAAAUAGCGCUGAAUAUAUUAUCCUAGCCGUUCAAGGCUGUUCAAUGGUUUUGUUUGUUUUGUCGCCCACAGUGUUUGCCUUUGCCCGUCAUUGACCAUGUUACCAAUGGCGACAGCGGUUUUGCGUGUAAACAAAUCGGGCC